AGCAAAAGAAAGAGUGUGUUAAGUUUUUGUGUCAGAGAGAAGAGGGUGCUACAGCAUACCAAUCCAGAAAUUCUCUAUCAUUUUCCAUUUGUCCAAACAGUACUACAGAAUGGAUUCCUGUGCCUCUUGCUUUGACGGCCUGAAGGCCGCGGCUUCAUCCGUGUGUGGACCCAAGAAGAGACCAAUCCUGAUCAUCUUUGGACCACCAGGCGCAGGGAAAGGGUAAGAGGAUUAUGGGGUCGUUGCUUUCAGUAGUUUUACUUCUGUCUGAUCUCAUAUGCUGGUGCACAUGCAGAGUGAUAAAACGACGAGAUAUAAUGCGACGAGAUGAACAAAUUGAUGAAAACAAAAGAUGAAGAUUUGUGUUGCAUCAAACCCAAGGUCCGUGAGUCCAGCAAUCGAGUUGAAGCUUAACAUCGUCCAACUUUCAACCGGAGACAUGCUCCGUGCCGCGGUCGCAAAGGGAACGGAAACAGGAAAGAAGUAUUUUACUAUUAAUUUAUUCGUUCCGACGGUGCAUGACAACGUGCGUUUUUUCGGCGAACAGCAAAUGGGCUGCUCUUGCGCAAUUCCAAAACUACCACAAGUUUUAAAAUAUCAUCGCAUGAUAUCGAAAACGCCUCAGGGCCAAAGCCAUCAUGGACGCCGGCGGCUUAGUGUCCGACGACAUCGUCGUCGGUAUUAUUCGGGAGCGAAUCCUCGAGCCGGACUGCCAGAACGGGUUUCUUCUCGACGGGUUUCCACGAACAGUAGAGCAGGCAAAACAGUUGGACGACAUGCUGUCGCAAAAGGGAGAGGCGGUGACGAAAAUCAUCCAGCUGGAUGUCGCGGACUCGGUACUUCUGUGAUAUUUACAGUACAAGAACAGCCUUAAAAAUGCAGGUUAUGCUGUUUUUUUCAUGCAUAAUCGCGCAUGAUCGCGUUGAUUAGUGAUGCAUGUGCCUGCAUGUUCUUUAUGUCAAUUUAUGAAACUCCCCCUCUCAGGUCCUCGAAGAGCGGAUCUGCGGUAGGUGGAUCCACAAGGCUUCCGGUCGGUCCUACCACGUCACCUACGCGCGUAUGGGGGUGACCUGAAGUUGGGCAGGAGGUUCUUGUGAUGUUGAUGUGAGUAUGAAAAAACUAAAUCAUGAGAGAAACGAUGCAUGACAAACUGCAAUCCUGUCCUCUGCAUGACAAACUAGCUCUCACUCUUGCGAAGUAGAAUCCAGCAUUGCAAGAAACUGCCCAGCUUUCGGAGUGGAUAUCAUCACCAAAGUGCUUCGUGGGAAGGAAGGCGCAUGAAGCGUCGCCAACAACAAUGAGGGACGAUGAAACGGGUACUAUCGAAUAGGUUUGUAUAUGCACAGCAACAAAAAUUGCAGCUUGUCGUGCAUAGCACCAAGAAAUAACCGAAGCCAGAAUACGCCGCUUGAUUUGCAGGAGAAGUUUUCUGUCAACAAAUUUAGGUGAGCCGCUGUACCAGCGCCCCGAUGAUACAAAGGCCGCCUUGCCGAAGCGGUUGCAGGCCUACCACAAGGAGACCGCGCCGGUUCUUUUGCACUACAAGCCGAAGGGAAUCUCAUUCAGGGUAUAGGCAGAUGCUGAAACUACACACGUUUUUUUUUCUAAUGCAGAACUGCGCAUAGGGAUAGGCAUGCGCAAGCGUAUCCAGAUGCAGGAGCUUGUUUGUCAUGCAAGAGUCUAGUAACAGCAACACGUCUUCAUCUUCAACACAGGUCGAUGCGGGGCAGGAGAUGCGGAUCGUGAAGGAGCAAACCUUGAGUUUGUUGUAA